UAAAUUAACAUUUGUUCGGAAACCGGACUCUUUAUGAAUUUUUAAGUGAGGUUAUUGAAUUAACAGCCUUUCAGACAUAGAUCCGAAAAUGUCACCCACGGUCCACGGAGGCUUUUGUAAUAAAAUUUCACCAACCCUCCAGCUGCCACUCUCUCCUCUCUCUUUUCCACCCAAGCAAGGGCACCUCUCUCCUUCACUACUUCUUCUCUUAACAUUUAAUUCUUGGGUCUCUUCUCAAUUCACAUCCCCAAACACACCUUUAUUAGAUACAUUCACUUCAUUUGUAAACCCCAGCUCAAUUCUUUCUCCAAGAUCACUUCUUUUCACACUUUCUUCACUACCCAUCUCAAAAAAUUCAAUCUUUUCACUACCCAUCUCAAAAGAUUCAAUCUUUUUUGCUAAACAAUGGCUGCAUUGAUGUUAUCAGUUAUAAGUAGAUAUAACUGUAUUUUUUUAGUAUAAUUUUUUGAGGGUUUAUAAUGUGUAAUGCUGAAUGUGGGCAUGAAAAUAUCUGUCAAGUACUUUCUUUGUGUUAUUAGCUUGCUUGUAUUUUAUUUUGGUGUAGUUUCUUGUGUUAGUGAAAAGGAGAUCUUGCUGCAAUUCAAGGGUAACAUUUCUAGUGACCCUUUUGAUAGUUUAGGUUCUUGGGAUUCUAGUAAAAGUCCUUGUCAAGAUUUUAAAGGUGUUUAUUGUAAUAGUGAUGGGAAUGUGUAUAGAAUUGUUCUUUGGAAUACUAGUUUAGGUGGAAUCUUGUCGCCGGCCUUGUCUGGUUUGAAGUCUUUAAGGAUUCUUUCAUUUUUUGGAAAUAGAUUUACGGGUAAUAUUCCAUUUGAGUAUGGUGAGAUUGAUACAUUGUGGAAGAUUAAUGUUAGUUCAAAUGCAUUGUCUGGUUUGAUUCCAGAAUUUCUUGGUGAUUUGCCGAAUAUUAGAUUUCUUGAUUUGUCGAAUAAUGGAUAUAAUGGGGAAAUUCCUUCAGCUUUAUUCAAGAAUUGUAAUAAAACAAAGUUCAUUUCUUUUUCUAGAAACAGUCUUUCUGGUUCGAUUCCUUUAUCUGUUGGAAGUUGUUUAAGUCUUCUUGGAUUUGAUGUAUCAUACAAUAGACUAAGUGGCGGUUUACCUUCACAAAUUUGUGACAUUCCUGGGUUAAUGUCCCUAUCUUUGAGUAACAAUGGGCUUGUGGGAAGUGUUCAAGAUCAAAUUUUAAAGUGUAGAAGUUUGGAGUUUUUGGAUCUUGGUACCAAUAAGUUUGCUGGGUCAGCCCCUUUUAAUGUUCUUCAAUUCAGCAAUCUUACUUAUUUCAAUAUUUCAUACAAUGACUUUUGGGGACAGAUUCCGGAGAUAGAAUCUUGCAGUCAAAGAUUAGAGAUUUUUGCUGCCUCGGGAAAUGCUUUUACAGGGCAGAUACCAGGGAGUAUCAGCAAAUGCAGUGGCCUAAAGGUUAUUGAUUUAGGAUUCAACACACUGAGUGGAAGUAUUCCACCUGAUAUUGCCAAUUUGCAGAGACUUUCGGUUGUACGAUUGGGUAACAACUCCUUAACUGGGACAAUACCUGCAGAGUUUGGAAAUAUCCAACUUCUUCAAGUUCUGGACUUGCACAAUCUCAACCUUGAUGGUGAAAUUCCAGAUGAGUUGUGCAAUUGCAGGUUUCUUCUAGAGCUGGAUGUGUCUGGCAAUGCAUUUGAGGGUGAAAUUCCAAGCAACCUAUAUAAUAUGUCAUACCUUGUCAACCUUGAUCUGCACAACAACCAGCUAAAUGGAAGCAUACCAACAACCCUCGGAAAUUUGUCGAAUCUGCAGCUUUUGGAUCUAUCAGAAAAUUUGUUAUCUGGGUCGAUCCCAUUGUCUUUGGGAAAUCUGUUAGAGUUGGCUUAUUUUAAUCUCUCCUACAACAGCCUUACCGGUAUAAUUCCUUCCGUUCCUGCCAUUCAGAAAUUUGGAGCAUCUGCAUUUUUUCACAAUCCAGGGCUCUGCGGUUCUCCUCUGAUAUCCUGCUCAGGCACCCAAGCAAAAGAAAAAUCCAGUUUGUUGAGUGUUUCUGCCAUUGUUGCAAUUGUUGCAGCUGCAAUUAUCCUCGCUGGUGUUUUACUAAUAACUAUAAUAAACAUAAAGUCUCGCAGGAAGAGUGGUGAAGCUGCUGCAGUUGUAGAGAGUACCCCCCUGGGUUCAACGGACUCAAAUAUCAUAAUUGGGAAGUUGGUCCUGUUCAGCAAAAGUUUGCCCUCGAAGUAUGAGGACUGGGAAACAGGCACUAAAGCUUUGCUAGAUAAGGAUUGCCUGAUUGGUGGGGGUUCAAUUGGAACAGUGUAUAGGACAAGUUUCGAAGGUGGGAUAUCAAUUGCAGUGAAGAAGCUUGAGACUUUAGGCAGAAUACGGAACCAGGAAGAAUUUGAGCAAGAAAUUGGGCGUUUAGGAAACCUCCGACACCCAAAUCUUGUUGCGUUUCAAGGAUAUUACUGGUCUUCUAGCUUGCACUUAGUAUUGUCCGAAUUUAUUUCCCAUGGAAAUUUGUAUAACAGUCUUCAUGGAGUUGACCAUCCUGGAACUAGUUCUGGAAGUGGUAAUAGUGAGCUGAAUUGGUCUAGGAGGUAUCAGAUUGCUCUAGGAAUAGCAAGAGCUCUUGUGUACCUUCACCAUGACUGCAAACCUCCACUUCUUCAUCUUAACAUCAAGUCUACUAACAUACUGCUAGACGAGAGCUAUGAGCCAAAGUUGUCAGAUUACGGGCUAGUAAAGUUCCUUCCUCUACUCGACAAUAAUACAUUUACAAAAUUUCACAAUGCAGUUGGGUAUGUUGCACCAGAGCUGGCUCAAAGUUUGAAAGUGAGUGACAAAUGUGAUGUAUAUAGCUUUGGAGUAGUCUUGUUAGAGCUAGUCACCGGAAGAAAGCCUGUGGAGAGUACACUGGCUAAUGAGGUGGUUGUUCUGUGUGAAUAUGUUAGGGAGUUGAUAGAGAGUGGAUCCGCUUCGGAUUGCUUUGACAGAAGCUUGCGCGGUUUUGUUGAAAGCGAGUUAAUUCAGGUUCUCAAGUUGGGAUUAGUAUGCACUUCUGAAAUGCCUUCCAGAAGACCAAGUAUGGCCGAGGCCACGCAGAUUCUCGAGUCCGUAAGGUCUGAUCCGAGUUCCUAAUAACUGUACUGGGUGGAGAAUGUAAAAACGUAGCUUGUAUAGUUAUUAGCACUGUCAAGAUAAGGUCAUAAUUCAUCCUUUGGGACAGAAUUGUGUUAGUGAAGAUGGGAUCAUGGGAUACAAUAACUUAUAGUUCAUUACAGAAACCACAUUCUUUUGUAUUUACUGUAAACUUAUUUCAAUAAAUUACCGCCAUCAAUUUUCACUGUAAUUGUUGCUAGAAGAACCCAUAGGUCUUUUUUGGUUUCUCGACUGGAAAUGAAGAAUAACAAGAAUUUCUCCGGUUGUUCAA